AUGAUUCCCCAGCAGUCCCCUCUCCAUAUCCCCUAUGAUGACGACGGACAAUUUGACCCACCAAUAUUUAAAAGCCCACCAGUCAUGUCAGGUAUUGCAUUGAGCCGGCUUGCUCAGGAGCGCAAAGCGUGGCGGAAAGACCACCCUUUUGGCUUUGUGGCUGUGCCCACGAAAAAUCCAGAUGGAACAAUGAACUUGAUGAACUGGGAAUGUGCCAUUCCUGGGAAGAAGGGGACCCCAUGGGAAGGAGGCUUGUUCAAACUGCGGAUGCUGUUCAAGGAUGACUAUCCUUCCUCGCCCCCAAAGUGUAAAUUUGAGCCUCCGCUCUUCCAUCCUAACGUGUAUCCGUCAGGCACAGUAUGCCUAUCCAUUCUAGAAGAGGACAAGGACUGGAGACCCGCCAUCACCAUCAAGCAGAUCCUAUUAGGAAUACAGGAACUCUUAAAUGAGCCAAAUAUCCAGGAUCCAGCACAAGCAGAGGCAUACACAAUUUACUGCCAAAACAGAGUAGAAUAUGAAAAAAGAGUUCGAGCACAGGCCAAAAAAUUCUCCCCUUCGUAAGGGUGAAGGCUUGGCUUCGGCAGAAGGAAUGGGUCAAACGCGGAUCACCUCACCUCUGUUUCUCUAUGAAUGUGCCCCUCUCACAUCGGGACUUGCUUAUAAGGACUUCUAUUUAAAACUGAUACAUUCUGUGCCAUCCUCUUUUCCUUUUUUUGUUCUUUACCUCUGGGUUGGAGUGUGGCAGGCGCUGGGAUGAAAUGGGAGCCGUAGCACCCCGGCCGCUUCCUUUUUUUAGCCGUAUUACUUGUCUUGUGGUGCGAGGGACAGAGCACAGUACCGGUUUUGCCAUCGACUCAAAAUAAGCCUCUUUUGAGGAAGAGAACGUCUUGGUUGUCUUUGUCUUUUGUUUAAUUUCUCUCACAGGGUCUGUUCCUUUAAAAAAAAAAAAAAAAACACCCCUCUUGUAUUUUCCUUGAUUUUUAAUUCUGUAAAAUUAGCUAUUUACUUAAAUGUCAGUAUUUCAACUGCUGUAUAAUUAGUGGCACUUUUUAUACUGUAUUAUCUCACUAGUUUCUCUAGAAUGCUCGGUCUGAUUCUCUUAUGCAGGUUUUCUAUUCAGCAUGCUGUAAUAUAAAAUAAUCUGCUGUCUUUUUUUCUUUUGUUAUUUGUAGUGUUUGCAAAUUUUUUUAUGGCCUCGUCUCAAUGCAGGUAGGCUUACUUCUGUAUUAAACUCUAUUUAUAGGGUGCUUUGUUCAUGUACGUGUUAGACUAAAUAAACCCUUUCUAUAAAG